AUGGAUAAUCGUAUUUUCUACAAAAAAGCUGCAAAGUACUGGUCUAGUAUACCAUCCACAAUUGAUGGUGUCCUCGGAGGUUUUGGAUUUAUAACGGAUAUUGACAUCAAGGGAUCCAAACAGUUUCUUAAUGAAUUAUUUACGUGUGAAACCCCACCAGCACAGAACCGGGCUUUGGACUGUGGUGCUGGCAUUGGCAGAGUUAGUAAAAACCUAUUGUUUCCCUACUUCAAUAAGGUCGAUUUGGUCGAACAGGACGAGAAGUUCAUUACCACAGCCAAACAAUUGAUCGGAGAUGAUUGUAAAUUAGGAACACUCUACCAAAUUGGCCUACAGCUCUUCAAGCCGCCAUUGAAGUAUGACCUUAUCUGGUGCCAGUGGGUAUUGGGCCAUCUAAACGAUUCCGAUUUAAUAAGCUUUUUAGAGAGAUGCAAGGAAGCUCUUAAUGAGAACGGUAUGAUAGUUAUAAAAGAGAACACAACCACAACGAAUGAUAUAGAAUACGACGAUGUUGAUUCAUCAAUGACACGCCCAUAUAAUUUGAUGCUCAAAAUUUUCGAUGAAGCAAAUUUGAAGUUGAUAAAAACUGAUGUACAAACUGGUUUCCCUGAUGAUAUCUAUCCAGUCCAUAUGUUUGCGUUGAAGGCAAAGCCAGAUUAA